AUGAUAUUUCAUAUUCUUCCCUAAUUUUUUCACACUAUCUCAAAUUCAUCAGAGCAACGUAAAUUCUUCAUUACUCCAAAAUGAAGAGAAAGAACUCAAACUCUGCUGAUGAUUCUCUUCUUGAUCUUUCUUUAUCUCCCCCUUCAAAUAACCCACCUUCCAACCCUCCUAGCGACCCCUCCUCUUCAUCGUCGUCCAACCUACCGCGUGUUCGACGCAACCCUACACCUUCACAAGCACGGUCUGAAACCCGAGAGGUAGCCAAGAGCCACACAAUCACACCACCAUACCGUUGGGCAACAAAGUAUCGAGCCAAGGUCCAUUCAAUGCAGUACUUACUAGAUAAUGAGAUAGAAACCACAUCUGACGCAGUACAAUGUAAGAAAUGCGAGAAAACUUUUGACUUACAAUAUAACAUUCAAGAAAAGUUCCAACAAAUUUUUAAUUUUGUACUAACACAAAGGGAUGAGUGGCAUAAUCGUGCUCCCAGUGCUUGGACCGAUCCCGUGCUUCCGACGUGCAAAUUUUGCGGGGAAGUAGAUGCAUGUAAGCCAUUGAUAUCGGAGAAGAAGAGAAGUAUUAAUUGGUUGUUCUUGUUACUAGGACAACUUUUGGGAUGUUGCACUUUGGAACAAUUGAAAUAUUUUUGCAAGCAUACUAAACUUCAUCGUACUGGUGCUAAGGAUAGGUUGAUUUUACUUUCUUAUUUUGAAUUAUGCAAACAGCUUGAUCCCAAUGCUCCGUUUGACCUGGAUGAUUAAGUUUAUUUUUUUAAAUAAUUAGGGCCUAAUAGAGUUUUAUAGUCGUAAUUAGGCCUUUAAUUUUCCGAUUAUUAGAUUUGUUUCAUGUUGAACAAUAUGUCAUGUAUUGCACAGAUUUGUGUAAGUGAUUUGAUUAAUUAAAAUAUGUUUUUUUUUAAAUUUUUUUAUUUACAAUUAUAUGAUUGUGUUCAUUUGGUCUAUUACAUUUGUUUUAUAGCCUUGAAUUUCCGAUUAUUAGUUUGUUACAUGUUUCAUGUAUUGUAAUUGAGUAAGUGAUUUGAUUAAUUAAAAUAUAUUUUUUUUAAUUUUUUUUUAUUUACAAUUAUAUGAUUAUGUUCAUUUGAUAGAAAUAAGAGAAAACUUUUGACUUACGAUAUAACAUCCCAGAAAAUUUCGCGCUCCCAGUGCCUGGAUCGAUCCCCUGCUUCUAACGUGCAAAUUUUACGGGGAGUUAGAUGCAUAAUACUAAAAUUCAUCAUUACAAUAUUUUUUUUUAUAUUAUUCUUUGAAGUAAUUAGUUGGGAGUUCAAAUCCCACCGGUAACAUAUUUAAUAAUCCUAAUGCAAAUAUCACAUUUUAUUAUCCUAAUUUUUUCAAAAUUUAACUCAUAUUUUCGGGAAAAAAGUUCUAAUAUUUUUAUGUAAAAUUUCCGUUUCCGCCAGAUAACCUAAUAUUCUUAAAUAUCUUUUUUUUUUUUUUUUUUUUUUUUUUUUUUUUUUUUUCACCAAAACUUGCACUUGUGAUCAUAUCACUAACACACUGAUGUAAUUUGUAGGC